AUGAGUGUCAAACGAGGACUUGUGUCGAUCGCAGUUUUAAACUUUUGUUCGGGAGAAGUGAACGAAGCUUCAGCUUUUUGUCCUAAAAUUUUGCCAAUCGGCAAAAGUUCCGUAAACGCAGCGAUAAUUGAGCCGCAGGCAAAUUUCCCUCCGGAAUUCUUUGCGGAUUCCGUGAACGCAGUCAACCUGUGGGGGUCGAAUGCGUUUUUCUUGCCCGCUCAGUUGUCGUACCCGAUGGUACAGGGUGCGCAGCUGGGCGCGGCAGCAGCUGCUUCAGCCUACCCGACAGCGGCGUCCUUCGUGCAGAACGGAGACCCGACGGCGGCAGGCCUGGUGGCAACCAGUUCGGCGCUCCAACAAGCUGGCAUGGUGAACGCCACCACGACGACGAGCAUGUCGCAGUCGGUGGUGCCCACGUCGGUGGGUCUCGGGCCCGGGAUCGGGAAACAGAGCGUCGUGAUGACCACCAAUGCCAAUGGGGAAGUGAAGCCGGAGUUGCCACUGGCGUAUACUCCACCUGCGCCCAACAGUCAGCAGGUCUUGGUUGACCAGCAAGUAACCCAGAACUCCAUGUUUUCGUCGAUCCUGGAGAAAAUGGGCGCCUACGGACGGCUGCCUGGAGCCUACGUCAAACUGGACCAAACCGGCGAGCAAGCCGUUGUGGAGAAUGGCGCCGGGACACCGACACCCGUGAUGGGUGUAGGAGGGAUCGACCAGAGCAAAGAACAGCCGAAAAGGCUGCACGUGUCGAACAUACCGUUCAGGUUCAGAGAUCCUGACCUUAGGGCCUUGUUUGGGCAAUUCGGGACGAUUCUUGACGUAGAAAUCAUCUUCAAUGAACGAGGAUCCAAGGUGAGUUUUCCUGCUCCAUUGCCCUCGCUCGCCACUCAUUGA